GCCAAAGAAGAAGAACGAGGGCAAAAUAAAAGGCAAAAUCUCCUCUUCUUCCCUCAACUAUUACAUCUCCCUCCUUUCUUCUCUCACUCCCAUAGACGCCACCUCUCUUCCUUCUUCUCUGCUCUUUUCAUCCACAUUCAACUCGAAUCUGCACCGGACGGAUUCGUGACUGUCGGCGAGAGGGGUAUAAUUUGACCAUGCAAAAUCUGCAUCAUUUAAUUAGUCGUCUCAGUUCUACUUCUCUUGGAAAAAGCACGAAUACUUCGAGACUUCUGAAACAAAAUGUGAAAUCUAGUUUAAUUUCUGAUUCGGUAACUACAUUGAAGCAUGGUCAAGGAGCUUGGUUGACCAAUUUGAGAGAAUUCUCUGCAAAAUCUGGUGGAUUUGAUGAAGGUGAUGCUAAGAAUGAAUGGGAUAAGAGUGUGAGUAAAUCGUUUUCUGGCACUACAUCAGAUGAUUUAGGUUGGGAUUCUGUUUCCUCCUGGUCUACUGGAUUGACCAAAGAGCAUUUUGAUGGAGAGGCUGUGGGCCGCAGGACUAGUGGAGGUGGGGACUCACCAAAAUCGCCUCAGUCUUCAUUAGUUUCCGGGUUGCAAGAGAUUGAGGACAGAAUAAGGGAAUUAGAAGCGGAAAACCGGAAAAGCAAGGGCUUUGUGGACGAGUGGGGUGAAAGGAUGAGGGAGAUUAGCAUUCUUUUGAAACAAGUGAGAGAGCCUGGUGCUAGAGGGACUUAUCUCAAGGACUCAGAGAAGGCUGAGAUGUAUCGCUUGCACAAGGAAAACCCUGAGGUGUAUACUGUCAAGAAGCUUGCUAAAGAUUACAGGAUUAUGAGGCAAAGGGUUCACGCCAUUCUUUGGCUGAAAGAGCUUGAAGAGGAAGAGGAGAAGAAACUGGGCCACCCCUUGGAUGAUUCCGUUGAGCUUUUACUCGAUACUUGCCCAGAAUUCUUCAAAUCCCAUGACCGUGAAUUCCAUGUCGCAUCACUUCCUUACAAACCCGAUUUCAAGGUCAUGCCAGAGGGUUGGGAUGGUACAACCAGAGAUUUGGAUGAAGUGCAUUACGAGAUCUCCCAAAACGAAGAUGAUAUGUUAUACAAAGAAUUUGUCGAGAAGAUGAAUUUCAACAAAAAGAAAAUUGCAGGAGAGGUGUUCCGCCACAAGUAUAGUAGGCGCCGGCCUUCAGAUGGGUGGAAAUUCACGGUAGAGAAAAUGGGACCUCGAGGGAAACGGGGCGGUGGUGGUGGAUGGAAGUUCGUCAGCUUGCCCGAUGGUUCCAGCAGGCCAUUGAACGAGAUGGAGAAGAUGUAUGUGAGACGAGAGACGCCUCGCCAUCGACGUAAAAUCCUUCCAUGAUAAGUUUUGAGAUCCCCCGUGUCAGUUCUGUUUUGUGUAUUUGAUGAUAUAGAUAGCUUGAAAGAAACUGGUAGAUCCCCCAGGAUGAUUUCAUAAUUUUCUUCUGUGACAUCAUCUGAAGUAGAAUUUUCUCUCUCUCUCUCUCUCUCUCUCUUUUUCAUGACUGACCAUGUUUUUGGCUCAACUCUUUGCUUUGAUGUAGUAGUUUGCCCUGAGUCUGCAAAAUAAUAGGUUUUAAUGGGAUCUCAUAUUUUUCAAUCCUAUCUGAUCUUGUAAUCUAGCCCAAGGAUGUAAGGUUGGAGAAAGAUAUUGAUAAAUAUGGUUGAAACAUUUUAUUUAGGUUAAAUUAUAAGUUUAGUUUUGGAGUUUAA